AUGCCUAUCAAAUCAAGAUGGUCUACUCCGACGCCUCCAAUGUCUCUACCCACCUGGGUCUUUGGAAGUGCACAGCAUGGCCCACGCAAUGAAAAGAUCGCUUUUGUGGAUGCCGAUAACCCAAAGAAUACUUUGGCGAUUUGGGAGUUCGAGUUGUACUCGAAACGCCUGGCAGUAGGUCUCCGUCGUCUCGGCGUCACGCCGGGAGACCGAGUCUUGGUCUUCUCUGAGAAUGGUAUCUUUGUCCCAUGUCUGUUCUUUGGCAUCAUUAUGGCCGGAGCCAUAUACACAGGCGCGACUUCAUCAAGCACUGCUUUGGAACUCAGCUAUCAGUUAAAAGAUAGCGGCGCAAAAGUUCUAAUUACCAGUAUGAAUCUUAUCAAAACUGCCGUUGAAUCAGCACGCACUAUCGGCCUGGAAAAGAACCGUAUCUUUCAUCAAGACUCGCGAAGUCACGACCACAACAAUCUGUCUCAUGACGGCGUACGCUCGUGGAAUGAGCUUCUUGGCCCCGCCCACGAGGCAGAAAGCUUCCAGUGGUUUGAACCGCCAAACCCUGAGACUACGAUAUGUUGUCUAAACUACAGCUCUGGGACAACUGGCAGACCCAAAGGCGUCGAGGUGACACAUUUAGCCUAUGUUUCCAAUGGUGAAGCGCAUCUCCUACUUCAUCACCUUCAGCAAGAAGCUUGGCUCGGGUCUUACCGUGCUCGCGCUCUGUGCUUUCUCCCACUCAACCACGCUGCGGCACAGACAACAUUUAUUGCCAAUUAUCCCAAGAUGGGCGUGGAGACCUAUAUCAUGAGGCAGUAUAACUUCAAUGACAUGCUCAGUCACAUUGAGAAGUACCAGAUCACAGAGUUGAUGACUGCCCCACCAAUUAUCUCAUCGCUCGUGGCGAACUCGGCACUGGUGGGUGAUAGCCUCAGGAGCGUCAGAAAUGUUAUUUGCGGGACAGCACCACUUGCUUUGUCACUGGAGCAAAGAGCAAACGCUCUAUUUAAAGAUGAUCGUGUCAGUAUUCGCCAGGGUUGGGGUAUGACAGAGUUGACUUGUCUGGGAACCAUGAACGAUCCUCGUCUAGCUGGCUCUCCGGGUUCUGUCGGCGAGACAGCACCAAAUUCAGCUAUCAAGCUGAUGCGUGGGGCGACUGAGAUUACGGAGGCCAACAAAGAAGGUGAACUCUGGUUUACAAGCCCGACACUCAUGGCAGGAUACUGGAAGAAUCCUCAAGCGACUGGAGAGACCAUUAUUGAACAAAACGGCAAACGAUGGCUAAAGACAGGAGAUAUAGCCUAUGUAGACUCAUGGGAAUCAGGGGCUAAAAUCUACCUCGUAGAUCGUUCCAAAGAAAUUCUCAAGGUAAAGGGUUUCCAGGUUGCACCCGCUGAGCUCGAGGCGGUUCUUGCUACUCAUCCUGAUAUCAUCGACAGCGGUGUUGUUGGUAUCAACAUCCAGGGACAUAAACUCCCAAGAGCAUAUGUGGUGAGACGCCCUGGCGUAUGUCUUACUGCUCGCGAUAUAAUGAGUUGGAUGGAAAGUAAGGUUGCACACUAUAAGUGUCUCGACGGCGGCAUAGCCUUUCUCGAUGCCAUCCCCCGAACUCAGUCCGGCAAGAUCCUCCGCCGAAUUCUGCGCGAUCGCGCCAAGGAAGAGACAAAUGGGUUCAUGCCAGUGAAGGCAAAACUGGAUAAGGCAAAAGAUUGA